CGAAAGAACUUAUCGACUCCGAACGCCGUCGCCAAUUUUAACGCCACCCCAGUCAUCACAUUACCGCGAUCGAGGAUCCAGGUCGUGACUGGAAUCUAACUCAGUACCUUACAACAACACAACACUCCAACCCGACAAGAUGUCUUACAACAAGCCCGAGAAGGACUUCGGUGAGGGUCCCAAGAUCCACAAGAUCCGCAUCACCCUCACCUCCCGCAACGUCAAGAGCCUCGAGAAGGUCUGCCAGGAGCUCAUCGACCGUGCCAAGAACAAGGAGCUCCGCGUCAAGGGCCCCGUCCGCCUGCCCACCAAGCACUUGAAGAUCACCACCCGUAAGACUCCUUGCGGUGAGGGUUCCAAGACUUGGGACACAUACGAGAUGCGCAUCCACAAGCGCCUCAUCGACCUCCACGCCCCCACUGAGGUCGUCAAGCAGAUCAUCAUCAACAUCGAGGCCGGUGUCGAGGUUGAGGUUACCAUCGCCGCAUAAGGGCUUGGUCCGCACAAGGGUUAUGAAAGAGUGCCAAGGGUCUGAACAGACAUGUGGCUAUGAACAGCUCUAGAAGCUGGAUAUACACGAAAUGGAAUGAUUCAGACUUGAUUACGCGUUCCUUUGGAGAUAUGUGCUCUUGACCGUGAGACGACACACUAGGCAUCCUGCACAUGUUUGACAUUCGACCCGAGACGUAAUUUUAGUAAAUUCCAGGAUGACGAACAUGAUCACGGAUUGCUACGAAUGGGAAAAAACGUAGAGCGUUCCUCAACGCAAUCUGAGUUACAGCUACAUAUGUUCAGUAUUUCGUAUUAUUAUUCCUUUCUCCUCUCAACUUGGUAUAUCAAGGAUGCUGCUCCCUCAGACCAUGUAUAAUCAUCAAAUUGAUCAAUAAAUGGACAGGGCCACGUUAGCUGG